AUGGCUCGUCGACCGCACCCGACCCUGGCAGUCACCGACAGCGAGCGCACCCUCAUUCUCCAGCGGCGCAACAGCGGCGGAAAGCCCAGCAGAGCCAAGCGACGCGUAUCCUCCUACUUCGCCGCCGAGGAAGCCAGCGAUACAUCCGCGGAGUCCCUCGCCUCCUGCUCCCGACGCGACGGCCGUACAGGUACUACGGCAUGUAUCAGCACCGCCGAUAAGACCAAGGAUAUCUCUAGCCUAGCUGGCGGUGGUGGCUCGUCGAGGACGGGAGGACGCUGGAUUCUCGAAGGGAUUCGGCACAGCCGACAAGGGCAAGUGCUUCAACCGGCGAAGGAUGGGAAUGACAGCAUCAUCAGCCCUGCCGGUCCUGCUGCCGCUGUGUUCUACGGCAGCGUUCGGUUCCCGGCCAGCCGCGUGGCGCUGUGGAAUCGCCGGCCCACCGGGAGCCCAUUAACCCUCACUCCGGAAUCAGCCGCGCCCAUCCUUGUUCUGCGGCAGCGAGCCGCGGAUCUCAUCGCCUCUGAGUUACUCAGUCUUGCCGCGGAGGGAGAAAGGUGGCACGGGGUGCUCGGGUCGACCGGCGACAUCCUACAGGGCUCCUCCCUCGCAUCUGACCCUCGGUUGCUAGCAGCCUCAUCAUCCUCCUCGUCGAAUGCACCCUUUUCCUGCUUGGCGCUCGAGAUCGCUGGCAUGAAGGCAGGAGAAGCAGCGGCGGCGGCGGCGGCGGCGGCGGCGCAGAAGCGUGACGGCGAUACCGGAGAGUUGCGGCCGUCAGCACGAAGGCGACGGGCAGCACCGCCGCGCGGCCGCCGCUGCGUGGUGGCGUUGAGCGGUGCUGCUGCCUCGGGGGGGGGAGAGGGAAGAGGCGGGCGAGGAUCGACGGAGGGGAACGACGACGACGAAGUGUACUACAGCUCGCUCUUGGACGACUGCAUCAAUAGGGUCGGGGCAGCGAAGUCCGCAGACCCCCCGACCUUCACGCCGCUGCGCCUCCAGUGCUCCCUGAAAGGGCGCCGCGGCGGUGCAACCGACAGCCGCGGCAGCGGCGGCUGUGACAACGGCGUGGAUGGUGAAACAAGCCCGUCCGCGCGGAAGCAGCACCGACAAGCAGGCUCGGCAAACGGCGGGUCUGGGGCGGGACAACCGGCGCCCCUGCAGGGAGCGGCUACGCUGUCUCUGCGCGCGGAGAUGAUCGCGCCCGCGCUCGGGGUGCGCCUGACCCCCAUCGCCGCGCCGGCUUUGCUACACACCGCGCUGUACCAGAGCUUGCUGAGCCGGGGCGCCGAGGACAAGCUGCAGAGCGGGCUUGUCACUCUCAACGAGGGCCGCCGUGCGGUGCUGCUGUCGGACAACGACCCGCUCUCCCUCCGGGCCCCUAUCGUGGGAGUUUGGGUCUCCGGGGGCGACAGCGGCGGUACCGGUGGCGUAGGCACGCCAAGCGGGCAGCAACAGCAGUCUGGCCGGCGACUGUCCCCACUCACCCAUCCCUACGUCUACCCCGCAUGCCUUCGGUUCCUGCUUGGGUUCCGAGGGGGGAGCGGGGCGUCUAAGUCGACCACCGCCGCCGCCGCCGCUGCCGCCGCUAGCCCCGUAGCCUUCCUGGUUCUGCAACUCCCCGGGGGUGUCGGCGGGGGCACGCCGGGGUGCUACGAAGCGUGCGCGGUCAGCGCGUCGGCGGCGACGCCGACUGCAGCAGGAGGGGGGGGUAUGCGUGUCGCUUCCGUCGGGUUCGAGCAGCUCGAUUUCUCUGCGGAUGUGGAUGUUUCGGUGGGGGGCGGGGGGCGGGAGGGGGGAGCGACGGGGGGCGGCGCCAGCAGCGCCAACCGCGCGGUCGUGAUAGCGAGGUUGCGUCGCGUGUCAAGCCUGACGGCGGCGGGAGGGGCGUUCGGACGCGCGCUCGCGAGGGCGAGGGGAAGGUACCGGGGCACGCAGCAGGCCGAGAACGGCGCAGCCACGCCCCCGUUCCUCCCCUCGCCAUCCGCGACGCGAACGCCCCCUCAACCGUCGCCGCAGCAACGGCCGCCACCGCCGCGUUCGAUCGGCGCCACCCAAAGGUGGCACAGCAGACAUCACAGCCAACCGACGCCCGAAGACCGAGAGAACGAGGGACCGACGGAGGUGCAACAGGACAGACCGCUGCUCCACCCCCCCGUACCGAUAGCGGCGCCCACGAAGCCUGUUGUCCACAGCCCGCGCUCCGCGGCGAGCAAGGCUGACUCGUCUCCCGCCAGAGCCACCGGCCGCACGAGCGCAAUCAACACCCCGGAGAAAAUCCUUUCCCACGCAAUACACCACUCCACGUCGCCAGCCAAGCGCGGUUUGAGAGGAGGCAGUGGCCCUCGCGCAUCAGUGCUGGGGGGUGCCGGGGAGGGGACUACACGGCCGGGGGAUGGCCACGGUCGUCCAAGACCGCCGUGGCGGUCCCAGGAGGAGGGGUUCCGCGAGUUGUCCUCCGGGGGGGGGGGUAGCAGUCACCGAAUGGCGGCCGUGGAAGGACGAGAGGCUUCGAGCUCCUCCCCUCCGUCGUUGCCCGAGAAGGGGGAAGAGUUGCCUUCGCCAUCGCCGGCCCCGGUGGCGGCGGCGGCGGUGGCGGCGGCGGCACCGGCUUGGACACCACGGAAUAGUCUUGACCUGCUCGCGCUGGCACCGGAGGCGACCGGGGACACUGCAUGGGCACAGCAAGCAAUGCCGCCGCCAUCGGAGGCCCCGUAUAAUCGAGCAAAGUCCAUGGUAGAGGCUAGCACGAACACGAGCUUGUUCUGGGGGGCGCCGCUCAUGCCGCAGGCCGCGGCUGCCGCCGCUGGUGGUUCGCCGACACGGCCCGGUACGGUCGUGUUAGCGACUAAGGCGGCGUUCGAUACACCCGAGGGUGAACGAUGCCAUCACGCCAGCAAAGGAGGAGGAGGGGGAGAAGGAGGAGGAGGGGGAGGGGGAGAGGCGGAAGAGAACGCCGUUGCCCCGUUGCCGUCGAGUCGGCGGAGCGAAACCCCGACCCCUCCGUCCGCCGCUCAUGCUGGCGCCGCCGUGCGGCACGGGUGGACGACUCAGCGGGGCCGGCGCCGCCGCCGCCGCGCGGGAGCGGGCGAACGGCAGCGGCACCGAAACGGCGGCAACGCGGGAGGGGAAAGAGACAGCAGCGGCGACGAUGAUGCGAGCGACGGCGGCGCCUCCACCGCUUGGUCGCGCAACAGUUCCGAUGUCGACGAAGGCGAAACGACGACGUCUCUGGAGCUGCUUCCUCUUCGUGUGCCACCGCCAGCAGGUCUUGGCUCCGGAUCGGGCGCAAGCGCCGCGCGGCUGAACAGUAGCGUUUCGUCAGCAGGCUCCGCUCACCGGAUAGACGAUAACGCUUCAAAAGACGACAAGGCAUCGGGCACCACUGGGGAAGAGGAGGGCCGGGAGGGGCAGCAAGCCGUUGUUAUUGUUACCCCAGAGCGGAACGGUUCUUGCGAUGGUGGGCGGGGGCGGCAACCCUUGCUGGGGAGGCGCGGAGGAGAAAGGGGCGGGGCCUGGGGGGUACCGAUUGUCCCGGUCGCGGACUUGAUGGUGGUGCCUCGGAUCGAGUUCGGCCAGAUGACGGACGAUGAGAUGGGUUCGGAUCUGGACGAGGGCGAGACCAUCGGCCGGAUCGAGUCCAAGUAUCUGCAGGGCGGCGGCAGCGUGGCUCCAUUUCUUCGCUGCUAA